GAGGUUGGUGCUGAUAACAAGCAGUGAAGAGACUUCAGUCUGAUUAAACAUUAGCUGGGUGUCUUGGUAAAGGAGGGGGAAUGUAGAGGAGGUGUUAUGAGAUGUACUUUGCACCUUCCAAAGGAAGACAGCAGAAAUCUAAAGCAAGAAUGAAGAAAUACUCAGAAAUCAAAGAUGACCUUGUAUUAACUACAAGGUUUCUGUUUAACCCAAAGCUUGGAAUUGAUAAUCCUGCUUUGUGCCUGGGAGAAGACACUGGUUCACGUCCAGAGCCUGCAGCAAGGUUUUGCGUGUUGAGGAAAGAUGCAGAUGGAGAUUUUGCCUUUCAUUUGAGUAAGGAGCAGGAGAGAGAGGGCCAUAUUGUGAGGCAGGUGGUUCCUGGAGGCCCGGCCUACCUCGCAGGACUGAGGGAUGGAGACCAGCUGCUACAGAUUAACGGAGAGUAUGUGCAUGAACAGGACUACCUGAGGGUGGUACAGAAAAUAAAGUACAGUGGUUCCCGGGUAUCACUUGGUGUCCUUGAUGAAGCAGCUUAUGAAAGGCUACGCUCCAGUCACAGGUCCCCAGCAUCGGUCCUUCCCAGUUUUCUCCCUGAUUCAUGUCCUCGCCCUCACUUCUACCGUGUAAAGAAUGAAGGUCGAGGAUUUGGGUUUACUGCCAGUGCAACAGGUGGUGUGCGAGGGACUUUCCUGCUUCAGGUGGAAGAGGGCGGUCCAGCACAGAAGACUGGGGUUCCUCAUGGCUCUCGGCUGUUGGAAGUGAAUGGGGAGAGUACAAUUAGUAUUACUAUGAGUCAGCUCACUAAGAAGUUGCAACGUAGAAGUUCACAUGUAGUUCUUCUUGUACUGGAAGCAUCUGUUUGGGAUAUCUAUGAAUCUCAUGGGGUUCCACUCAGUGCAGCACUUGCUGAAACAUCCUCUCUCCCUUAUCGGACAAGGAAACUGCACCUGGUAAAGGGUCCACAAGGAUAUGGAUUCCUCCUGAGACAAGAGAAGUGCCCAGCAGGUCAAGGUCAGUUUCUACGUGAAAUUGAUCCUGGACUUCCUGCAGAGGAUGCUGGAAUGCGUGAAGGAGACCGUCUUCUGGGGGUCAAUGGGCAGAGUGUUGAGGGACUAGAACAUGAAGAUAUUGUCAGCAUGAUCCAAGAAAGUGGCAAACAAGUCACAUUAAUUGGCAUCAGCAAUGAAGGGGACAAGUUCUUUAGUGAGAUUGGACUCUCUCCUCUACUAUUUUAUGAAGAAGAUACUCAUUCAGAAUGUACGAAUGCUACCCAAACGACUACUGACACCCAAUCUGGUCCUGGCCAUACAGAGCCACAGGUGAAUGCAGAUUCUGCCAAAACCCACAGUACUUCCACAGAGAUACAGAAGAAUGAGGAAUGAGGAACAAUGUUCUAUCCCUGCUGCCAUUGUGACAAGGAAUGGUACUAACACUGC